CUUCAUAGCAGAGGCCCUGCCCUAGAACACAUCACUCUUCAUUCCCGUCACCGCCGUAUCGGUGCACCGCCCUAGCAGCAUUGCCACAGCACCGCCGCUCAGAGAAUGACGAAUAGCCAGUUGAUCGUGCACAUCCCCGACGUGCCGCCACACGAUCUUCACCACCAACCUACUGUUAGUGUUUUUGCUUCAUUCAUCGACCCAAAGCACGCCAAUCAAAUUGUUAGGCGUUUGAAUCAGAUAGCACCACUCGGUGAUCUCCGUCACGUCAAACGAAUUCGGAAGAAAGUUCUAGAAGGAGGACAAAUAGAGCUAUCAGUGGUCUUGUGCCUGGCGAAUGAAGGUGACAAACAAUUGAAUGGUGUGCCGCCUCAUCUUCAGGAGAUGAUAAGUUCCUAUCAGUUGAGUCCUUUUAUUACAAAUGUCUGCAAAUAUGAAGCAACAUCAAAAGAAGAGUGGCAAGAACAAUGCAAGUUUUGGCCAACGUCAUAUCAUCCAAGAAAUUACAGCAUUGAUGGUAUUACUGGAUUUAGCGAGGAGGACUCGCAUUCAGUUUUGAAGUUUAUGCAAUCUGCAGUAGAGUUGGCGACAUCUGAUGGCUUGGUAGUCAAUGCUGCAGUGAUAGUGGAUCCUUCAGAUAAGCAAAUAAUUUCAACCGCACGUGAUCAGGUUUUUGUUUGGAAUACUUGCAAAGAUGACAGCUGCUAUAGAAAACCAGAUUUAUUUAGUUCUCAGCCUAUUUCCAAUAGAUUGGAUCCCAAGAAACCAAUGCAUUUAAGAAGUUCCUGCAAUCAUCUCAAACAACCAUAUACAGGUGUUGCUUGCCUAUAUCCUGGGCAAUGGACUGAGCAGCAAUCACAUUCACAAAGUUCAUAUUAUUGUCAUCCUUUACGACAUGCUGCAAUUGUAGCUAUAGAAUCAUCUGCUGCCAGGGAUAGACGUCUUUUCCCAAAUGAUGAGGGCAGUAAAGAGAAAUAUUUGGAAUUGGAUCAUGAAAGUCCUUGUACAAGCUCUCCUUCAAAGAGACAGAAAAUUGUUUCUGCAUCUGUUGAGGAUAAUGACAAAUUGAAUGCUCAUAGUCAAACGUCUAAUCAAAUUGAGGAGAAUGAUAAAUUGAAUCCUAAUCUGCUGUCAGCACGGCCUUACUUAUGCACUGGUUAUGACAUAUAUCUUGCUUGGGAACCUUGCACAAUGUGUGCCAUGGCCCUUGUCCAUCAGAGAAUUAGGCGAAUAUUUUAUGCUUUUCCAAACCCUAAAACCGGUGCCUUGGGAAGUGUUUACAGGUUACAGGGGGAAAAGAGCUUAAAUCAUCAUUAUGCUGUUUUCAGAGUUUUAAUCCCUGAAGAAGCCCUCCAUAAAUAUCAUACAUCAGUUGCAGAAGCUGAAGAAACUGGAAUUUGACUAGUUAUUUAGUAGCACAGCUUCUUAAAAUUCAAGAGUGGAUGAAGAAAUAUUUUAGUUGUAGAGACUAUUUAUUAGUGAAUAUUGAAUAUUUAAUGAUUAAGUAGUAGAUGUACUUUCAAAUUGUCAUUUAUGACAAUUUUGAAAGCAAUUUUUGUCCUUGUAGAUGAAAUCAUGGUCACAUAACAUUACUUGUACUGUUGUACACCAAUAUGUAUUCGAAUUUUGCUUACCAAUCUAAUGCAUUUUUUUUUCUGAUAAUUUUGGUCUACUGAAAACAUGGUCACAUUGACAUAGUAUAUUCAUUUUCUCAACCCAAUAUAUAUGCUUUUAUGGUUUUUCUCCAUGGUUAAUAAAGGUUAUAAAAUUGGAUGGUUUUGAAAUCGGGCAAAGCGGAUCCGGUCCAUCAGACAUGUUUGUUUUGUCUGUAUUUUUUUUUAAAAAGAUCAAAGUUUUAAUCCUACACACUGCACUCUAACAUGUUUAAAGUUUUAAUCCCGCACUCUCUAACAUGUUCAA